AUGGCUUCUGGUAGUGAAGAAAAAAAAUCAUCUUCAAAACCAACAGAACAAACAUCAAAAGAUGAAUCUCCUGAAUUUUCAUCAUCUUUUGCAAAUAAUCCUUCAUUAUCAUCAGUUGAUUCAAUAAAUGAUGUAACACUUCAUUCAAAAACAUUAUCAUAUAAUUUAAGAACAACGUCGCGAUUAACUACAGAAUCAAUUAGUUUACAACCAACAAAUAUGACAACAUUACAAGAACUUUGUCAUUUCUUAGGUGGAUCACAUGUGAUUAAUAAAAUUCUUAUUGCAAAUAAUGGUAUUGCAGCUGCUACAUAUAUGCGUUUAAUUCGACAAUGGUCUUAUGAAAUGUUUCAACAAGAAAAAACAAUUAAAUUUGUUGUUAUGAUUACACCAGAAGAUAGAAAAGCUAAUGCUGAAUAUAUUCAAUAUGCUGAUGAAUAUGUUGAUGUUGUAGAUGGUCCAUCGCAUAUGAAUUAUUCAAAUUGUGAAUUUAUUCUUGAAAUUGCUAAACAAUUUUGUGUACAAGCUGUUUGGACUGGAUGGAAUCAUCCAUUAGAAAAUUCGAAAUUAUCUGAAUUACUUCGUCAACAUGGAAUAAUAUUUAUUGGUCCAUCAGAAAAAACUAUGUUAAUAUUAGGUGAUAAAAUAACUUCGACAAUUAUUGCUCAAAAUGUUGAUCUACCAACAUUAUUAUGGAGUGGAUCUAAUCUUAAAGUUGAAUGGAAUGAAAAAGAUCUUGAGAAUAUUAAUAUUCCAAUAGAUAUAUAUGAAAAAGCAUGUGUUAUUGAUGCAAAAGAAGGUGUAGAAAUUGCUAGUCGAAUUGGUUUUCCAGUAAUGAUUAAAGCAUCAAAAGGUAGUGAAAAAAAAGGAAUACAAACAGCAACAAAUCAUCAUAAUUUCCAACAUUAUUUUCAACAAAUUAAAAAAGAUAUUCCAAAUUCACCAAUACUUGUAAUGAAAUGUGUAGAUAAUUGUCAACGUUUAGAAAUACAAAUAAUUACUGAUCAAAAUGGACAUAUAAUAUCAUUAUUUAAUCAUAAUUAUUCAAUUCAACAACGACAUGAAAAAUCUAUUGAAGAAACAUCAAGAAUUUUACCACCACCAAAAAUUCUUGAACAAAUGAAAAAAGGAGCUGUACGUUUAGCAAAAUUAAUUGGUUAUGUUGGUGUUGGUACAAUUGAAUAUUUAUAUAAUUCAAAUAAUGAAACAUUUUUCUUUCUUGAAAUUAAUCUACGAUUACAAAUGGAACAUUCCUUUAUAGAAAUGAAUACAAAUAUUAAUUUACCAGCAUGUCAAAUACAGAUUGGUAUGGGUAUUGAUUUACAUCGAAUAAAAGAUAUACGUUUAUUAUAUGGUAAAGAUUCAUUUGGUCAAACAUCAAUAGAUUUUGAAACUUCUCAUAUUAAAUCUCAAUCAUCUGAUGAAGGUACUCCAGUACAUACAUCCAAUGAAUAUUCUGAUAAAAAUUAUCAAACAAGUUCAAGUACAAUUCAAAAAUCAAAAUUGUACAGUCAAUCAAGUGAUUCACGUAAAUUUGAUGAUACAGAAUAUGAACAUAUUAUUUUACAUGAUGAAACUCCAGAAAUUAUUCAAAAUAAUCAAAAAGCAUCAUCUGAAACAUCUCGAAAAUUUCAUUUAAAUUUUUAUCAAGUGCUUAUUCAUGAUUACUUUUCAGAAAAUGAAAGAAAAUCUAUUCGAGAACGUUUUAAUGAAUCUAAACAAUUCCUUGCAAAUUUUCUUUCAUCUAAUCAACGAUGUGUACAAGCAUGGUCAAAUAUAGUGAAUGGUGCAUAUGAAAGAAUUACAAUCAAUUCCACACUAUUAGAACAAACAGAAAUUUUCUUCAGACCAUCAACAAUGUCAACACGAACACUUGAAAAAUUAAUUUCAAAUAAUGUGAUUAUCACUAUCGUCCAUCCAACAGCAAAAGUCGAUCCAUCAGUAUUAGAUCCGAAUCGUACAAAAGAAUAUGCAACUACAACACAAUUCGAAAAGAAAGCUGCAAUUUGUAUAAAUCCAAUGGUCUUUGACCUUGAUACAACAAGUUAUGGUAGUCCUAUUUCUGCUGAAGCAUCUAAAUUCUUCUUGGCAAUUCUUUUAAUGCAUGAAAUUACACAUGCUGUACGAUAUUGUAGUCCAACAAAAAAGGUAACACCACAAUUACCAUUCUUCAGGACUUACGCUGAUUCAGAUAAAUACGAUGCUGGUAAUGCUCUUGAACAUGAACUAUUUGGUGGUGAACUUCAUAUUAAUCGUGAUUCUGCUAGUACACAUGUCAAAUUAUUUAUUAUUGGGUCAAACAAUCGAUAUAUUAAACUUUCACCAUCAGAUAUUAAUGAUUGUUUAACAAGUUAUAGUUUGGCAUCAUUACUAUCAUUGGUGCAUCGUUCUGCCUUAAAACGAAAACAUAAUGAUGGAAAUAAAAAACUUCAUACGAAUUAUUUUGAACCAUUUAAUAAUGAAAAAAAUGAAGAUAAUCAAGAAUUAAUACCCUUACUUAAUUACCACACAACGGUGGUAUGCGAAACAGAAGAUACCAGUGAUCCAGAUGAUGAAUAUCAAUCUUUAUUAGAUUAUCAUCCUGAAAUAAAUACUUCAUUAAAUCAAUCUGAUGUUGAUCCAUUAUUAUGA